AUGGGGGCUGUCCAAUCCCAAGCCAGAACCCUCUGGACAGCCGUAAAAGUCCUUCUCGAACUCAACAAAUCCCUCCAGGACUUCCUCAAGCGCGCCAGCGAACCCCCGGGCCUGCCAGUGCCGAACCCGACCAAGUCGUACUGGCUAAACGACCCGCCAUUCCCGGAGCUCGUUGACUUCCGCUCCCCGGUCCUGCCAGGCGAAGCCGACAUCGUGAUCAUCGGGUCCGGCAUCACAGGCGCGGCCGUCGCGCGCACCGUGCUGCAGGAGAGCAAGCGGAAAGGCCUCCCGCAGCGCGUCGUCGUGCUCGAGGCGAGGACCCUCUGCUCGGGCGCCACGGGCCGCAACGGCGGACACAUGAAGAGCUCGCCGCACGAGCUGUUCGCCAGGCUGCGGGGCCGGCUGGGCGAGAACCGCGCGGCGGCGCUGACGCGGUUCCAGCUCGCGCACGUGGGGGUGCUGACGCAGCUGUGCGAGGCCGAGGGCUGGGACGUUGCCGAGUGUCGCGAGGUCGAGACCGUGGAUCUGUAUCUCGACGAUGAGGCCCGCGAUAAGGCGUUUGCGGAGGUCAGGGAGCUGCGGAAGUGGAUCCCGGAGCUGGAGGUCGAGAUUUGGGAUGGGGUUGGUGCACAGAAGAACUUUGAGGUGAACUCUUAUGUCAAGGGCGCCAUCUCAUAUACGGCGGGCGCUAUGUGGCCCUUCAGAUUCGUCAGUUGUGUUUGGAAGGACCUUGUGUCCAAAUUUGGGGAGAGCCUCUCCUUGGAAACGGGCACCUCCGUUGUUUCCGUCGAAGCAAAGGCCCAGUCGGGAUACGCCUACGAGGUCGUCACCAGCCGUGGGACCAUCAGAUGCAACCACGUCGUGCAUGCCACGAAUGGCUUUGCAACGCAAUUCAUUCCCGGUCUGAGGGGCAAGAUGGCCGGGUUCCUGGCCCACAUGUCGGCCCAGCGGCCGGGAAAGCAGUUCCCCGACCUCAACGGCACCAGGUCAUGGUCCGUUAUGUAUGGGCCGGCGGCUUUCGACUACGUCACGCAGCGGCCCAACAUCGACGGCAAGGCCGGCGACAUCAUGCUGGGCGGCGGGUUGGACCGCUCCAAAGACCAGGGCCUCACCUGCAUGGGCGUCUGGGAUGACAGUCGCAUGGAGGCUCUGCCUUUUGCCCAUAUCAGCGGUAUCUUCCCGACUAUUUUCGAGCCGCACUGGGGUGCGGACGCGGAAGGAGGCAGGACGAAACAGGCUUGGUCCGGGAUCGUGUGCGGGACGGGUGAUAUGCUGCCUUUUGUCGGAAGGCUGCAUCCCAAGCUGACGGGGCGGAAACCGGAGACGUCACGGGGCACGGAGAAUGGGGUAGAGCCCGGAGAAUGGGUUUCUGCAGGCUACAAUGGCGACGGCAUGGUCUGGGCUUGGCUCUCGGGCACAGCACUCGGUAUGAUGCUCGCCGGCUCCGAAAAGGAGGUGGUCCCGCAAAGACCAGGUCUCCCUGGUGGCCGCACUACUGAAUGGGUCCCAAAAAAUCUUGAGCCGUCACUGAGGAGAGUCAAGGAGGCGAACCUGGAAAAUCUCAUUGACGCUUUUCUAUGA